AUGGAUAUCUAUUCGUCUAAAUUGUCACCUGCCGUAGAUUAUGGAAUUGGUGCGUUUCUUCUGGUAAUAGCUAUUUUAUCAAUUGUGGGGAACCUGCUGGUUCUUGUGAUGGCGUACAAGAGGUCAACACAUAUGAAGCCCCCAGAGCUACUGAGUGUGAAUUUAGCAGUGACAGACCUGGGAGCAGCAGUCACCAUGUACCCUCUGGCUGUGGCCUCAGCUUGGAAUCACCACUGGAUAGGAGGGGAUGGCACCUGUGUUUACUAUGGCCUGAUGGGUUUUUUCUUUGGAGUGGCUAGCAUGGCUACACUCACAGUAAUGGCUGUGGUUCGUUUUUUAGUGUCCUUGACACUCCAGUCACCCAAGGAGAAGAUCAGCAUGAGGAACAUAAAGUUGCUUGUGGCAGGAACAUGGCUUUACGCACUGCUUUGGGCACUUUUGCCAUUGCUUGGAUGGGGGAGAUAUGGCCCAGAACCCUUUGGCCUGUCCUGCACCCUGGCCUGGAGUGAAAUGAAGGAACAUGGUUUUUCUUUUGUUAUUAGCAUGUUCUCUAUGAACCUUGUCAUCCCAGCCGUUACCAUCAUCUCCUGCUACUUCGGCAUUGCCCUAAGGCUCUAUGUCAGCUACAAGUCGAUGGACAAUAGUAACCACAUCCCCAACAUAGUCAGAGUGCAGCGGAGGCUUAUGGUCAUUGCCAUUCUAAUCAGCUUGGGUUUCAUUGGCUGUUGGACACCUUAUGGAGCAGUCAGUCUGUGGUCCAUCUACCGCACCUCUGCCUCCAUUCCUCCUGAGGUCAGCAUGCUGCCAUGCCUGUUUGCCAAGACCUCCACUGUCUACAACCCUUUAAUUUAUUACACAUUCAGUAAGACAUUUAAACGGGAAGUGAAACAGUUGGGUUGGCUGUGCGGCAGGUCUAACGCAUGCCAGGUUUCCCAGCCAAACAAUGUGACAGAAAAUGCUAUUUAUCUGGUAUGUGACCAGAAAAAGACAAAAGGAGUUCUAUCACAGGAGGAGUCAUUCAGGAAGACCAGGGAGAUGGAGACACAGCUCAACACAACAGAAUAUCAUUAG